CCGCAGAACUGCUAUGCAACAAGGCGCUGCCUACCCAACGCGAGGCGCAGCACAUUUUUCUGGCCAGAUCAGUAUCCGAAUGAAUGGCCAAGCGCGGCAUUUCGCGCGCAAGGGCAAAGUUUUUCGAUCGGUGCGCACCUUGUCUCUGACGCCCACCUGUCCGAAUUCUCCACGUCCUCUGGCUUCACAUCUGUACCCCUUCUUCCUUCGGCUGUGGCACAAGAGACCCGCAGAAGAUUGUCCUAUAACGCCACUGAGAUGCCCAACGACGCGACAGCAACCGGCUCCGAUGCGCCACAUGAAAACAAUCUCGCGCUCCUGCACAAAGAGUCGGCGACUUCGGCGCGCGCCACCACUCCCAUUAACAACCUGCCCGCCGAGCUCCUCUCGGAGAUCUUCUGGCUGCAUCUUAAAUCGUACCUUGGGAGACCCGAUGUCACCAACCCCAUGUCGGCCUUCGAGCGCGUCGUACCCCUCGUCUGCAAGUCAUGGCGCGCGCUCGCGCACGCCGAGCCCUACCUGUGGACGCUCUACAAAGCCCCGGCACCCGAGCACCUACCCGCGUUCAUGGACUGCUACCUCCCGCGCUCCGGCGACCGCCCGCUCCACCUGAACUGCAAGUCGAGCGAGCGGACGCCGGCGUUCUUCGCGGCGAUGGCGCCGUAUGCGGCAAGGUGGACGACUCUGGCGCUGGGUGGGACGUGCCGGACGUUCGAAGAGCUGACGCCGGUGGCGACGCCGAUUUUGGACCAUGUUCUUAUCUGUGUCGAGUGGCCCAAUGUGGUUGGUCAGCACCUCUCGCUGCGUGUGUUCGAAGACGCGCCCCGAUUGCGUAUCCUGUCGAUCGACUGCGAUGGCCAGGGUCCGCCCUUCUCGUUCUCCCUGCCGCCACUCCCGAACCUCACAACGCUCAGGCUGGAUGCCGCUGCUUACGAUCUGACCACCCUGGCUGGGAGUCUGGGCGGGUGCUGCGCGACGCUCAAGAUUCUUCGGCUUUUCGUAUUGACUUCGCAGCCGGCGGCUACCCCAUCACAUGCCCCGGUCGUUUUCCCGGCGCUGGAGACUCUUGUUCUCACCGAGAACGCGGCGAGCUUUUUGAGCAUGAUCUCCGCGCCCAUGCUUGAAUUUCUCUCGGUCGAGAGUCUACCGCCAGAUACGCCGGACGCGCUCCUCAACUUUCUGAUCCGCAGCCCCACUACUGCCGGGCGCCUGUGGCACCUCGAAAUCGGGACUUUCGGGAACUGCGAUAAUUUUGUGAAGUGUCUGUCAAUGGCGAAAAAUCUCGAGGAGCUGUGUAUCAUGGGCCAGACGCCGGGAAAGCUACUGCGGGCUUUGACUGUAUAUGGGCGCGACAAGUCGGUCCUCGUUCCUCAACUGAGGUUGGCUUCCUUUCUCGGUGGCGUUAAAGACUUGUAUGCGCUGCGCGACCUUUGCGAGAGCAGAGCUCGUCCGCAAGUCGUUCGCGGUACGCGGGUGCAGGACAUGAGAUGUCGACUUGCCAAAAAUGAUGCUCAGAAAUGUAUCAAAUUCCCGAGCUCGUUGCCCUCAUGGUCGAUACUUUUGUCGAGCCGACAUCUUCCCUUCCGCUGGUUCCUCAUCGUCGUUUAUGGUAGCGCGCCUCAACCGGCGAGCUGCGUCGGGCGUCUCAUGGGGUUCUGCACAGGCCGCGAUCCUGACACUCAACGGCCGUUCGCAAUCCGUCUCCCUCACGCGUCCAUCUCCCCGAUCAAAUCCCCGAUCCUUCGUCUUCAAGGGCAGGCCGUACUCCAAAGCACCGCCUCCCCCACAUUUGUCAUCAACAUGCAGCGUAUGCUUCUCGCAUGCAGUGCAGACUCGGGCGACGCGGAGGGGAGGAGCUUCGACGGGCCCGACCAACAAAGGCCGGCGUGCACGAGAGGACAAGGGCAUCCGGCCAUACCGGGUAGUGCGCGACUGAAGAGCUGCCGCUGCCGCAUGCAUAUCCAAGCGGGGACGAGAGGACACUUGGUUAAUUACAUCGUCCGCCGAGUCGUCGAGCACUGCGAGGAGUGUCAAGUCCUUAAAAUCGAAGCGUCGCGAUCGGGUGAACUAGGACAGUUGGAUGGCGGCAUGGAUUUGACGGUGUUGCAGCUCAGCGAUGUCGGCUUCAAGGGUGCGCGUCGAGCGCAGACCUCUGUCGUCGUGUAUGGACCAGCACGACGGAAAUCCACCGGAAAAAGCGACCUCGUGAUCGUCACGCUCCUUGUCUCCUACGCUCACCGUCCCCGACAUUGUGCCGUUCUCUGGCUCCAAGUAUGCGUCGUCGUCUCGUUCGGCUAUGCCACAAGCCCCAAGUCGAACGCCACUGAGGUGCCCAGUGACGCGACUGCAACCAGCUUCGACGUGCGGCAUGAAGACAUCGAAGCAUCUUCUGAUAUUGCGCUCCGGCACACCGAGUCCGCCAUCCCGAGCGCCGCGGCCCCCAUUGACAGCAUACCGGUCGAGCUCCUCUCAGAGAUCUUCUGGCUUCAUCUGCUGUCUUACCUCGAUAUGCCAGUGCCCGACGUCGAUGACCCUAUGCUGGCUUUUGAGCGCGUCAUACCCCUUGUUUGCAAGUUCUGGCGCGCGGUCGCGCACGCCGAGCCCUACCUGUGGACGUACUACGAAGCCCCAAAACCCCAGCAUCUGGUCGCCUACAUGGACCGUUACAUACCGCGCUCCGGCAAUCGUCCGCUUCAACUCGACUGCUGGUCGAGCGAACGGCUACCGAUGUUUUUGGAGGCAAUGUCGCCCUAUGCGUCGCGAUGGGCCACUCUGUCGGUCAGCGCCGACUACCGGACUCUCAAGAAGCUCACGCCGCUGGCCACACCACUUCUGUACUACGUGGAACUUCGAGUCGAAUGGCCCGACGAGGACGAUCAGCACCUGUCGCUGCAUUUCCUCAGCGACGCUCCCCGACUGCGCUGCCUGAGCAUUGUAUGCUACGGCGAGACUCCAACCUUCUCGUUCUCGCUUCCGCCGCUCCCAAACCUGACAAGCCUUAGACUUGACCUUGUGGACAACGAUAUGUCCACCCUAGCUGAAGCUCUAGGGGGAUGCCGUGCGACGCUCAUAACACUCGAACUCUCGGUCUGCAGUGCCUCAAACCCUCUGGAUAUCCUGGCCACCUUCCCGGUACUAAAGCACCUCUUCCUCCACAAGGAUGCCGGGCAUCUGCUGAAUAUGGUCUCGGCGCCAGUGAUUGAGUAUCUCGCGGUCGAAUAUGUACCGCGAAGAUCGAUCAAGUCACUCCUCAGGUUCCUGCGCCGCACCCCCACUACUGCCAAACACCUGCAGCGCCUCAGGGUCGCGAGCUACGGAUGCCGCUGCAUUUUGGAAUGCCUAUAUUCUGCGAUAAAUCUCAGGGAGUUGCAGCUCACAAAGCUGGCGUCAACAAAGUUCCUGCAGGCUUUGGUCGUGCAUGAGCAUGACAGGUCGGUCCUGGUUCCAAAGCUCGAGAAGGCCCGUCUACUCGGUGGCGUGGCAGACUUGUACGCACUGUAUGAAUUUUGCAUGAGCAGAGGACUUUCGCUGGUUAGCCGCGAAGAGAGUGUCAACGUCAUGUGUUGUAGAGUCAACGACGAUGUCCUGGAGGCCGCAAAUCCGCAGGCGCGCAAGCGGCAAAGGACGAGGGCAGAGACAGCGUUGUCGACUAACGAGCAAUUUUCUCAUUCGCCGCUUAUGGUUAUUCCGCUUGACAUCUUGCUUGAGAUACUUGGAUAUCUCGACCCCAUCUCUCUCCUCCAUCUAUCGCACUCCUCGCGAGGUACUUACCACACGCUUAUGAGUCGCUCCUCCGAAAAGAUGUGGAAGAAGAGCUACGCCAAUACGAAGCACGGGCUUCCUCAAGUACCGAGAGACCUGACGAUACCCAAAUUUGUCGCCCUCGCGAUUGAUAGUUUCUGUGAUUUUUGUCAUAGAUCUCCGCAAGGAAACACCAAGAUCGUGCGGAUUUGGGCGGCCCGCUUGCGAUGCUGCAGCAAAUGCAUGUACAUGAAAAAGUACUUCGUCCGCGAGGUCGACAUGUACGACGAUGUCAAGAUGGCCCGAGUGAUUGACCGUCUCUUUGGCCGCCGGGCUGAAUUUGCCCUCCAUACCCUGUUCCCCGCGUAUGCUGAAGCCGACGAGCGCCAUCAUUGGUAUCCACGUGUGACUAUAGAGAGCCUAUACAAGGAAUUUGGGAGGGCCACUAGGGGGAAGCCCGUCGAAGUCAAGAAGGCGUGGAUUACUCAGAAGGUGGCCGAGCACGAGGAGAUCAGAAAGCACGUCAAGGUCUGCAAAGCGUGGGAGCGGGAGAGGGAGCACGAGCAGUGGGAGAGAGACGAGGCUGUUAGAGUGGGAAGACAAAAAGAUAUUCUCGACCGAUUGAAGGAGGUGGGAUUAGACGAAGAGGCGCAGAAGUGGGAGAACUGGAGCGACUUCCAGCGGCAUGCCUUCGUCGAUAAGGUACAGCCGCUCACAGAGCAGGAAUGGAGCCGGAAUCGCGACAAGCUAAUCGCGUUUGUCGAGGGACAGAAGGCUAGGCGAAUAGAACGGAAACAACGAUUGAUCAUCCACGACCGGUACCGCACUCUCGAGCAAGUCUACAGGAACUUUUUGCAUGGCAAGUCGCGGAGGCAGAAGUCACUGCUUCCGGGAAUCGGCGAUGUAGUCACAUUCAAGGAGAUGUUUAAUCUCAUCGAGGGAACGCCGGUCGAGCAAGAAGUAACCUACGACAACAUGUCAACCCUGGUCGACGAGCUUUCGAAGACCCGCUUCCCGGAAUGGCGUGCAGGGUGCGAGACUGCUCUUGUCGACACUCUCAACGCCACGGACACCACGCGCACCCGUCCAGCCACGACCGAUGACCUCAAGCUCGUGACGACCAUCUUCGCGGAGGAGGGACAUCAGCGGGCCCUGUGGUAUCCAGACGUGCUCGACGAGCGCGGAUCACCGGAGGAACUGGAUUUCGAGGAUCCGCAGGCGAUCGUGCGCCAGUGCGCGUGGUCGCCGAAGGAUGUGUGUGUCCAGCUCGACCAGGUGCGCUUUGUGGAGCACCUUGUCGCGCUUGCGGGGCUCGACAAGACGAAGGCAACACCCGAGGAUAUGGACAAGCGUGAUCCAUGGUUUGCCCGCGCAUGCGACUUGCCCAAGCGGAAGGAGGGGCUCCACGUUAUGAUGUGGCGAAAUGCUAUGGGACACAGCUGGUCGGGCGUCGAUUCUGUUCUUCUAAUCUCCGAGAGGGACGCCGCUUUGGCACGCGAGCUGCGCAGGGACCCGCGAAUGCGCAAUUUUCGUGGGCGGUUAACCCUUCCGGGACUCACGAAGAAGGGAAAUUCGCGGCAGCCACGCGCAUCAACAAGUCCAACUCUGCUCGCCGAUAAAUCUAGCAACCCGCAACCCAACGCCGAGUCGAAACCGGUCAAUGCGCGACCACGCAAGCGUCAGAAACCCAUGCCGAGAGAUCUCAAUGAGGGUGACGAUUCGGGCCCUCGGCUACAAGGGCAUGCAUUUCCCGUCAAUGAGCUCCCUCUUGACGUGCUGUUUGAGAUUCUCGGCUAUCUGGACCCCAUCUCGAUGCUAUAUCUGUCCAGAGCCUCGCGAGCCCUGUACAACACCCUCAUGAAGCGCUCCUCAUCGUGGCUGUGGAAGAACAGCUACGCCACUACCGACCACGGGCUUCCGCUCGCGCCAGACGAUCUCACCAUUCCCAAAUUCGUCGGAUUCAUCGUCGAUGAUAUCUGCGAUUGCUGCCAUAAGCUACUGCCGAAGGACACCUAUGAUGGCAGGAGCUUGGUUAAGAGGAUCUGGACCGCGCGCAUGCGAUGCUGUCGCAUGUGCCUAUCCAAGUACGAGCACGUCGUGCACGAGAGAGAGAUGCGCAGCAUCAAGAUUGUCCGCGACGUACACCGCUAUUUCGGCCGGGAUUAUCCACUGGCCGCGUUGUUCCCGGGCUUCUAUGCAGACUGGGAAUUUCCCCGAGUUCAUUCGUAUCCACACGCCGCAGUCGACGAGCUCGUUGCGCAGUUCGAGCACGACAACCGGCGCAAGUUGAUGGAGGAUAAGAAGAAGUGGCUAGAAAAGAGGGCAAGGGAGCAUUCGAAGAUCCGAGAGCACGCCUGGCGCUGCGAAAUGUGGGAGGAUGCGACUUUGCGGAAGAGGCUGGCAGAGAUCGCAAAGAUUAAGAAAGAGAGACUGAAAGCCAUCAUUGACCGAUUGAACCAAGAUGGGUGGCAGGAGGAGGUGAACCGGGUUACGCCUUCACGCGAGUUCUGCGAGCAUGCGCUGGUCGACAAAGCGCAGCCCCUCACAUGCGAAGAAUGGGUCCAAAUUCGUGCCCCGUUGCUGCGAUUCGUGAAGAAAGUGAACAAACAGUUCUUCGAGGAAGACUGUUCCCGGGUCUUUGCCGAACGAUAUGACAUGCUCCGCCGCGUCUAUCGCCUCUUUCUCAAGGGCACACCGGAGCGGUCUACGCUUCCGGGUGUCGGUGACCUGGUGACCUUCGAAGAGGUCACCGAUCUCAUCGAGGGGAUUCCCAUCGAGCAGAAGCUCCUAUCGAACGAGAUAGAGGCGCGUAUCAAGGAGAUUGCACCGACGCGAUUCUCAACGUGGCGGAAGGUGUGCGAGGACGCGCUGGUCUCGAUGCUCAACAAGAAGGACAAGAAGCGCGCACACAAGGCGACGAUCACCGACCUGAAGCUCUUCGCUUUGGCGUUCACGAAGAAGGACACGCGACAGCCUGUCUGGUACCCGAAGGCACUCAAGUAUCGGCCGGCGGUCGACGACUCGGACGACGUUAUUCACGAUCCGAAGGACGUGGUGGGGCAGAAUGCGUGGUCAGCAACGGAGUUCUGUGUCGAGGUUUCACGCCUGCGCCUCGCGGAGCGACUGGUAUCGCUUGCAGGGCUAGACCCGGCGAAGGCGACGCUUCAGGAUAUGGAGCGACGCGAUCCGUGGUACGCGUAUGCGCGCGAUCUGCCCAACCGUCAAGAUGGCUUGUUUGUGAUGACCUGGAAAGCAGUGGGGGUGAAGUGGAAGCAGGAGCCGAAGCGCACCUUGCGCGUCCGCGUGCAGGCGCUCAACCGUGCCCCCAAAGACAAGUCACCCGCCGCAGUCGAUCUUCCGCCGCGGAAGCGCGCGAAGAAGGAGAUCAGUACAGUCAGGGAGCAAGAAUCAGAUCCGGCUGUUGUGCAGGAUGAACUCGUCCAGACCUCUUCCCUCACUGACAUUCCCCUCGAAUUGAUCCUCGAGAUACUCGGCUACCUCGAUGCUCCCUCGCUACUCCAACUCGCCAGGACCACGAAGUUUCUGAGAAAUUUUCUCCUGAACCGAUCAUCGUUCAAGAUCUGGAAGAAGAGCUAUAAGAACACGAACCCUGCUUUGCCACCGCCGCCAAGCGGCGUGUCCGUGCCGCGCUUCGUGGCCCUAGUCACGGACGAAUUUUGUCAGUCUUGCGGUCAAUUACCGGAGAAGAAUGCUCUGAUUGUGUGGGGUUCGCGCGAGCGCUACUGCGAGAAUUGCGGAAACGACAAACUGUACUCACGCGCGUGGUAUGAUGACUUGGCGGAUCGAUACGAGCGCGAUACCUCGCGGAAGACGAAGGAGUUCAAGAAGGUGUGGCUCGCAAACUGGGAAGAGAAUCUCAAGAAGUCUCAGCGGCACACCGAGCUGUGCGAGAAUUGGGAGAGAGAGCGUCAGAAGAGGAGGGAGGAGGAAAAGCGCAAAAUUCGCCUCGAGAGGAUUGAUGAGAUCCUUCGUCGACUCGGCGACCUAGGCUGGGCGGACGAGGUACGAAAGAUUGUGACCCGCGACCAACUUGACGGGCACAAGUUCGUGAAUAAGACGCAGCCACUUACUGAAGAAGAGUGGGAAUCGAUACGCGGGCCCCUCCUGGAGCUCCUCCCCGAGCUGCGCGACAAGCGUCUCGCACAAGAGCGGCACGUUGUACUGCGGGAACGAUAUAAAAUGCUCAGACAAGUAUAUGAAGAGCGUAUUCUCGGAAAGUCGCAACUGGAGCGCUGCUUCAUGCCUGGCGCGGGAGACCUCGCUGACCUGAAGGAGGUCGCCGAUAUGAUCGAGGGUAUGCCAGUCGAUCAGACGCUCACCAAGACGGAUCUACAAUCCGUCAUCGACGCCAUCCCCCAAGCGCGCUGGGAUGCGUGGAACGCCGCGCGGGAGGCUUCCCUGAUCGACCUGCUCAACCACGCAGAGGCGCCGCCGCUGCACAAGCGGCCCGCGACCGCGGCGGACUUCCAGCUCGCGACAACGGUGUUCACGUACGAGAGUUAUCCGCGCCACCUUCUCUAUCCCGAGGUGCUGGGCUAUCACCCCGAUGGCGGUGGCAUGUCGUAUACCCCGAAGGGGCCGCUCAAACAGCGCGAGUGGUCCACCAAGGGGUAUAGCGUCCGCCUCGACCGCCAGCGCGUUGCGGUGCGGGUGGUCAGGCUGGCCGGGCUGGAUCCCAAGACGGCGACGGCUGCGGAGAUGGACGCGCGCGACGUGUGGUUCGCGUCGGGAAAGAACGUGAAGGCGACCAAUCACGACUUACGUGCGAUGACUUGGAGAUAUGUGAUUCGGGGGCUGAGCAUCCUGCAGAUCAUGCAUCAUGAUAGCUACGAAAAGGACGACAUUGUGAAGUUACCGCCGAAGCGCAUCGCCCAAGCCCGCGAGCUGUAUGCAAAGAAGGAGCAAACUGACUCCUACGCGACGUAUGUCACUAUCCCCCGAGGGAAGAAGAAAGAGAAGCGGGGUCGGUACUACUAA